AAAAAAAAAAUCAUAUGCCUCCAUUGAAAGAUAGCCUGGACUGUCGAAGAAAAUGGUUUUAUUUAAUUUACGCGGAGUUGCUCUCUAUACAUGUUUCGGAGAAAUUUCUGAGACCUUUACUAGUCUCUGUUUAAGGUCUACUCAAUUUGCUUGUUCGGUUUCAACACUACAAUUCACAGCUUCUUCUAAACCCUCAUCAGAAAGUACGAUUCUUUCAUGUUUUCUUAUUGUUUGCUGUAAUCAUGGUGCUACGUUGCAAACGAAUCGCUCAAGAACCGCAAGAAGAGGCUGUCUCACCGUUGAACUCAGUCAACAACAACAGUAACAGCAACCCAUCUCAGAAUAAUGCCCAAAAAAAUGAUGGCCAGAAGGCGAAUGGCAACAAGAGGGCCAACCAAAUAAUCAAUUUCAUAUUGAUUAUUAACAGCUAUAGCUAUGUCAAUGAAUUGGAGCAUUUUGUUAAACAAAUUGAUGGAGUAGACAGUGUAAAGGGUGACCAUAACUCAGUCAGGCUAGAGGUGAUGGGAAAGGUAAACCCCUACAAAGUGAAAGAGAUGGUUGAGUGUGAAACAAAGAAGAAAGUACAACUCAUCUUCCCUUCAGCUGAGAUGGAAGGUGAUAGAGAUGAGAAUAAGGGUAAUGAAGCAAAAUUGCUGAAGCAAAUAAAAACAGUACAUAAGAAUGAUGUAGCCAACAAAAAAACUGAAGAGAGGUUAACAGUUUUGAAGAUCAAACUGUGCUGCAAUUCUUGCAAUCAGAAACUUCGCAAGAACUUGAAGAUCAAAGGAUUAGACAUUGUGUCUAUGGAUGUAGACAAGCAUUUACUGAAAGUAAAGGGCACAACAGACUUGACAGACCUGAGAUCUUACAUGAAAAAGGAGCUCAAGAAGGAUGUUGAGAUAGUGAUUCCUCCUGAGGUCAUGGUUCAUGUCAAGAAAGGCAAUGGCACUGCCAAAAAGAAAGAAAAGCUUGCUGGCAACAUUUACAAGAAAGACAAAGAUGCUGGUGCCACCAACAAGAAAGACAAAGGCACUGCUUUUAGUGAGAAAAACCAAGAUACUGGAAAAGCCAAUGAGAAAAUUGAAGGCAUUGCUGGUGUUGAUGAGAAAAACAAAGCCAGUGCUGCUGUCAAAGAGCCAGACAAAGAUAAAAAUGAUGGUUUAAGAAAUAAUAAAGACAGAAACAAUGAUGAAGAGAUGAAAUCCAAAAUGUUCAAUACUAUGGGUGGUGAAAGAAAUGGAGAUGGAGGUGGCAACAAAGAGGAGGGUGAACUUAAAAAUAAAGCAGUUGAUAGUACUGGUAGUGAAACAGGAGUUGGCAACAGGGAGGAGUAUGGUAGUUCAACAAUCAAGUGCAAUCCAGGUCCAAAGUUUAUGCAAGGAAGAGAAUCAGGAAGAGGAAAUCACAUGGAGACACUUGGCGGCAAAUUAGAGAGAAUAGUUGGCAGCCAGCAGACUAAAGGUAUAGAAACAGAGAGCAGACAACAGGCUAUGAAAACAGAAAUAGUCCAGUGCGCACAUAAAAGAGACACUACUGCAGAGCAACAGAGACAGAGGAUCAUUUGUACGUACAUGACCGAUGAGGUGGCAACUCAGGAUUGGCCAAGCAUUAAUGAAAGAAGGGAAAUUGAUAUAGACCUGGAAGGGGGAAAGAAAGGGGGGGAGAGCAUUUUGAAGGAAAAAUAGUAUAUGGGAGAGUUCCAGCCUCUCGAAAGCUGGAGGUUUUAGGUGCGGAACGUCAAGUCAUUCAAGCUAUUGUUUUGGCUAUUUGAUUAGUAUUCACAAAUAGUGAUUUAGUUCUCAUGUUAUUUGUUAUUUCACUGCUUUAUUGUCAAAGCUAUUGUUUAUCAUUCCAAAAUAUUGAAUACAAAAAAUAUCCGAUUUACAUUUCCAAAAAAAUAUCAAUAU